GAGCUUCCCGAGUCUCUGUCAUGGCUCAAGGAUGUCAACAUUGGUCUGCUCAUCGACCAGGAGGGCUUUCGUGCCGUACAUCCAUCAUUCAGGUUUGUGGGAUACUCCCCUUAUACUCGAUCUCUGGAUCCGCAAGGCGGCGUGAUUGAAGGAGGUGUAGCUGAAUUUAUGCCCAUCAAGCGUCAAGCGUUUAAUUUCCAUUACGCCCUUUUCGAUGGUCUGCCCAUUCUGCGACGAGUAACGGUAAACGGAGAAGAGGAUCGUGACUACAUUUCAAGACAAGCAACGCUAAGCCUGAAAACGAACGGCGUGUAUACCAUACGCGGAAGCGAAACUUCGUCACACGCAAGUCAUCAGGGCGAUAGUCCUGGGGCCCACAAAUUGCGUUGGAAAUUUGAUUACAUGGUAGACUGUAGAAGGCAAGGCGAGGGCUCUGGUAGAGUACUUGACGGAGAAAAGACCUUGACGCCUCUCACUUUCUCAUGCUCGCCUUUGCUCCUCGAUCCUUCUCAAGGCAAGAAGAUUCGGCUUAUGCAUAUCGUUAAGAAAAGCGUUGUCACGAAACUUGUUGCUGAGAAAGUAGAGCCGACA